UGUUUUUACCUUUGUUGUUCUUGCUGCUGUUGUUGGUGUGGGACUGGAUACUCUGAAGCUGUGGUUAGGUGGGCAGAUGGGUCUAGCGUUGUAGCUUUUUCUUCCUUCUCCUUCUCCUUCUCCUUCUUCUUCUUCUUCUCCUUCUCUCUCUCUAUCUCUCUUUCUUUCUUUCUUUCUUUCUCUCUCUACCCUCUUUUUCCCCUGCCUUUCUGGCGGAUAAACCGGUGAGUCUUUUGCAUAAUCCAAAUCGCAAAAGCAGAAAUCUCCCCUUGCUUUCGGCAGAAGAGUUAGAUGGAAAAGGGUAGUGAUUUUCGACAGUGGGACGAGUUAAUACCGGACGCUUUGGGUCUCAUUUUCAGCAACCUCCCUCUGAAAGAGGUACUAACGGUUAUCCCAAGAGUAUGCAAAUCAUGGGGCAAAGCUGUUAUGGGACCUUACUGCUGGCAAGAGAUAGACAUUGAAGAAUGGAGUAGUUUGUCUCAGCCUGACAACCUCGAUCGAAUGCUUCGAAUGCUCAUUGCCAGAAGCUCUGGAUCUCUGCGAAAACUCUCAGUUUCUGGCCUCAACAACGACUUAAUCUUCUCCUUCAUUGCAGAACAUGCUGGUUCCCUACAGAGCCUAAGGUUGCCAAGAUGCGAGAUGAGUGAUUUGAUAGUGGAACAGAUUGUCGGAAGGUUUUCCACCAUCACUUUCUUGGAUGUGAGCUACUGUGUCAAAAUCAGCGCUCGGGCAUUAGAGGCCAUUGGAAAGAACUGUAAAAUGCUGGUGGGGCUGUGCAGGAACAUGCAUCCCUUGGACACAAAUGGCAAGCCUCCAGAGGAUGAUGAGGGACUUGCCAUAGCUGCCACAAUGCCAAAACUCAAGCACCUCGAAAUGGCUUACCAUCUCAUUAGCACAGCCAGCAUUCUCCAGAUCCUUUCAAGCUGUCCUGAUCUCGAGUUUCUGGACUUAAGAGGGUGUUGGAGUGUGAUUCUAGAUGACAAGCUUAUUAAAGACAAGUUCCCAAAACUUAAAGUCUUGGGGCCUCUUGUUGUGGACUUUUUUGAGAGGAAUGAUUGGGACGAAUGCUCUGAUUUCUCCGAUGCUUCUUCCGAGUACUUAGCCUGGGAAUUCAUGGCUGGUGGAGUGGGAGAUUACUUUGAUGAUGACGAGAGUUUUGAUGGGAUGUGGGAUGAUGAGGCAAGCUUGGAGGAGCUUGAACUCAGGUUCUAUGAAGGAGUGCAUGAAAAUGUUGGAGACAAUUAUGGUUGGCCUCCCUCUCCUUGAGAAAAAAAAUCUUAAUGUUUCUCUUUUGAAACUGUUAAAAUUUGCAUCUUCUUUUGCUUUUGUUUCUGAGUACUACUACUACUGAGUUACCUGAUGCUUUUAGUUUGGAACUCCCUCCUAUAUGUGGUAUGAAUGAAUAUGUAUAUGUUUUAGUGGAAUGAAAGCUUGUUGUUGUUGUUGUUUU